AUGGCUAACCUAGAGAGCAGCAUUCACAACCCCAAUUCCCGCCCUUCGGAAGACGAAAAAUACAAUGAUAUCGAAGGAAUCGACUACACCGCCGGGUAUGUAAAGCAGCUCAGCUCAGACGAUGAACUCCUCGCCGGAGCCUGGGGCAUGAAUGCCACUACGGAGAUAUGGGAUCUAUGCUACCGGAGCGGCCCAAGGAUGGCAAAAAUUCUCGAGGACUUUGUCAGUAGCAUGAAGCCUUCAAAGAGGGCUUACGACGACGCAAGGGACAUCCUGACUAUUGACAUGCAGCUAUUCCAUUGGUCCCAAGACAUGGCUUUUAUAUCCAUCUUCGAUGAUACAGAACCUCCCCGAUUGGACUGGGACAAGGUAACGAUGAACAAUAUUGUAGGAAUCACUGCGAUCUGGACUUUACAUGAAAUGGCUAGGAUCAAACCGGGUAUGUUUCGUCACACUUAUCAAUACGUCCCUGGAGAGAGGAAUCCGUUCAAGUUGGAUGCGUAUGAUCUUCUUCAUGGAAUAAUGCUUUUGCGCUGGGUGCUUCGCACCUGGAACUAUGAUCGCAACCAACAGCCUGACAGACCCCGGCCGUUGAGGGCUAAGGAGAGACGAUUUUGGAGACCGAAAGCGCGGGUUAUAUCGUUCGCACCGUUGCCUGAGCCGGAGGAUAGUGACAUGAUGGAUAUUGAUUGA